AACUCUAACCGGAAACAAACAGCUGUUGGGUGAGACGAAAUAUUUUCUCCAUAUUUCUCUGCUUUUUUAAUGCCCAAAUUGAAUGCAACUACAAUAAACUAGAGGUGAAAUUAAUAUUUGAAAUAUAUUUGGAACCACGGAUGAUGUAGCAGUGUUAAAUCACUACAGAAGUUCUUAAGAAGAUGAAUUCAGCUCCGUUAUCAAUGGUUUAUAGGUGUGAUAAACAGACAUCCAAACUUUCCCAACAGCUGAAACAUUUCUAUAGCUGUGGUGAAUUCUGUGAUGUUAUAUUAUACUCCAAAAGUUCACAGAUUCAUGCCCAUCGACUCAUUCUAGCAGCAUUUAGCCCUUAUUUUUACCAUUGUAUACAUAGAAAUACAGAUAGGAGAAAUGUAGCAGAAAUUCAGCUUAGAAGUUAUGAUGAUCGAAUAGUCAAAUCUAUCGUAGAUUUUUUCUACAAUGGAGUGAUAACUGUUGAUUCUGAUUCUGCAGAACAAAUUUUCUCUCUUGCCAAUACUCUUCAAGUGAAAGAGGUAGAGAAGUUGUGCUUAACCUUUUUAAAUGCACAACAGUCUUUUGCUUCUGAGAUUGAAGACAGAAAACCACAUUUUGACUCAGAGAUUGGACGUUACAGCAUUGUUGAGCCUUCUAAAGUUGAGAGUUCUAGUCGUUCAAGUCCUAGAACUAGUCCAAGUGUAUCUACCUCAGGAAGACCACUGUCAGAUUCUGGAUCUAUAGAGACAGUGGACAGUGAUGUUGUUAAUAUCAAAACAGAAGUGCAAGAUUUCUCUUAUGAAGCACUACAAGAUGACUACAGAGAGUAUUAUAGAGAAGGAAGAAAGAAAGACAGUGAAGGAAAAAUAAAACUAACAAAGACAGUUGUUGACAUGUCACACAUUCAACCAAAAUUGACAGGUCAAUCAGUUAACUAUUCCCAACAAUACAUGUUUGUUAGACCCUCUCAACCACCCCCACCACCCACCUUACAGAUGAUGGCACCUCACAGAGAUUCAGAAAAGUCAAAUGAUGCAGAAAUGUCCGAGCCAAACAAUUCAUCUAGCACCUCAGCUAAAAACCAGCAAUAUCAAUCUAGUGAAGAGGGUAGCGCUGAUGCCAGUCAGCUGGAUUCAGAUCCAUUUCCCGGAACAUUAGAAGCUAUGUUUGAAUGUCAGAUUUGUAAACAAAUGUUUGUUGCUAAGCAUUUGUUAGAAAUGCAUAUGGUGGGUAUACAUGGUUUUUCUAAUCUUCUGAAUCAUCAGCAGAUGAAGAAGCGACAGCGUGUUUCCCCAGGGGAGGUAAGCCCAGAUUUUGUAGGAGGAAUGCAGUGUGAUACUUGCGGAAAGUAUUUCAGAGAUGCACAAUCUUUGAAAUUCCACAAGUACAACCACAUACUUAGAUUUUCCUGUAAUGUAUGUGGGAAAAGGUUUUCGAGAAGUUGGAAUUUACAUCGACACAGGAAGACUCAUGUGCGUUAUGGGGAAGUCAUCUUGGAUAGUGGGGAAGAUGACAGCAUGAUGGAGAAUAUGUCCACAGAGUAUGUGGAUGAAAUCAGCUCGGAAAUGGUGGAUCUGACCAGUAACGUAGAAGAUGAUGCCGAUUCUUCUCUAUCUUCUAUGAAUACAUCACAAGAUAUACCUAGUGAAAAAGGGGAAGAGGAGAAAAAAGAUGAAGAGAAAGUGGAAGAAAUUGAAGAAUCUGCAUUAGAAGAAAAAGAAUCAGCUUUGGAGGAAGUAGAAGAAUCACCAAAAUAAGCAUUUUUUUUUAAUUAGAAAACCUGUAUGUACUUAGGAAAAGCUUUCUUAAUGUGUGCAAAAGAAUGUUAUCAUCAUUUUCAAUGCCAUAUAUGACUUAUUUAUGUUAGUUUACAAAGCUGAACAUUUAUCACUAUAGGAAAUUUUCUAUUUAAGAGAAAUUUUCCAAACACCUGAAUUAUGUUUCAUUAAUAACUAAUGAAAGUUUAUUAGGAAUGUUCUUGUAGGAAUUCAGUCAAAAACAACUUGGCUAUUUAUAUAUCUAUCAGUUGAUGCAGACAUAUUCUUUUUCUGUCAUAUUUCAAAAUUAUUUUAUGCAAAUGUAUGCCAUAUUUUGCCAGAAUAAAAGUUUGUUUUUUUUUAAUUUUUGCUACACAUUUUGGAAACAAUAGACAUUUAAGACUUUUUAUUUUGUCAAAAGAAAGUUUUAAACAUAUAAGGGUCGUUGUAUAAGUAUGUUUAUCAAUGUACUGUUCACUGUAAGAUAUGAGCUUUUAUAUUGAGCAUAGUUGGAGGAGAGAAUUAAUACUUACAAAUGUACUAAACAACCCAUUACAUUUCAUGAAUGAGGUGUUUUGCUAUCAGCAAAUGGAACUCUUUUGAAGCUUUUUCUUCUAAACCAAACUAAAUUCCAAUUUAUUCAAAAACCUUUCAUCAAAGUUAUAAGUCAUACAAUGUCAGUAUGUUCAAAUAUAUAUUUAUAUUUUAAAAAUUAUUUUUAAUAUUGUUAUCACGAAAUUUACACUUAUUAUUGUACAAUAGGAAAGAGUUUUUAUAUCAUUUUGAAUCUUUCUUAUCUUAAAGUUUUGUACUUACUGUUUUAAUUCAUUUCCUGUCGGAAUGGAAAGAAUAGGUUUCGAGCUUUAGAAAUAAAAUCAAAUAUUGCUUCAUCAUACUUUGAUGCUAUAUAUACAUGAUUUCACUCAUCUUUUAUUUUUUGUUAUUUUGCACCAAAAUGUUUUUUAAUAUCUUUGCAUACAUGUACUUAAUGAAUUUCCAACUAAAUUUCAAAACUCCAAUGUAAAAGUGGUAAUUGGAUAACACAAAAUCAAGUGUUUAAUGGUGAUCAUAGGCUGACAAGUUAGAUAAUUUUUGGAUCUAAUUCACAGAUUUCAUAACUCUUUUGAGGAACAAUCAUAUAUUUUGAAAUGAUAAGGAAAUACUGAAACAUAUUUUUCCACGGUGGAAAUUGAAAUAGGCUUAUCAUUAUUUUUAAUAAUCUUUUUAAUUUGUGUUUUUAUUUUUAAUAAGAAUACAAAAACAGUACGACUAUUGUGAUAUAAUAGGAAGUUAUUGUUGUUAUUGAACCAGUGGUUUAUAUUAUCAUCGUGAAAUACUGGUUUUGUUAAUACAAGGUGAUUGAAAUGAAUUGAAAAUGAAAACUCUGAACAGAGGUUAUAUAGAAUUACCAAUGUCCAUCAUUUUUAACCAAACAGUUGUUUAUUUUCUUAAUGCUUGUUGUUAUUGCAUUGGUCUUUGAGGUGAUAGUGAUGAGUAACAGAUUUACAGUUAGUUAUACUUUCAUGUCAAAUGACCUACUUGUCACAGAUUUACUGUGUCUUCUACAGGCAUUUGCGUUCUGACAUGUGUACAAUAGUCUGAAUCUAUAGAAAUUCCCACCUAAAACAUCAUUUGAAAAUGUCCAAUGGUGAUAUUUAAUUUUUACAUGAUAUGUAUAUGCAUUCAUACAGUGUAAAAUAAGCAUUAUCAUAUUUUUUAUGUAAAAGUUAUUAGUGCAUUCUUAAGUAUGUAAGUUACAAAUUUAAAUAAAUAACCUUAUUAUAGGAAUACAAAUGUGUGAUUUUCAAACUGUUUGUAUUUUAAUGUGUGUGUUUUAAAGUCAUAUUGAUUUUAUUCCCUCCUGUUAUAACAAGUGCUUUCAUGAUACAAAGUAUAAAGUAGUUUUAUAUAUAAAAAUAUUAUUUGAGGUCUAAUUGAUUUUUACAUGUACAAUGUUUUUUCAUGAAUUAUUUUCAUUGUUUUGCAUGUAUUUAUAAAAAGAAUCCUGUUUAAUAUUGUUUAGCAAUCCCUUUAUUCAAUUUUUAAGAUACCAAACAAUGACCUCAUUUGAUAAUUUAGAAGGACUGUCAUUGUAUUGAGAUAAAUUAUUGUUUUAGAAAACCAGUUAUGGUACUGGUGUACACAAAUCUAUGUUGUGUUCAAGCAUU